GCCUCCUUCUUGUCCUUCACAGUCGACGUGCACGAGUUCUCCGCCACCGAGACCGCCAUGCACAACGCCGCCCUGUGGGACAAGCACCUCGUGGAGUACAACAGCGGUGCCUCCAGGUUUGCGAACGGGGCGUUCCAGACCGCCGGUCUGUGGGUGCGGGCGGAGGCCCAGCAGGAGCUCAUCUUCAGCACGGUGCUGACCUUCGGUCUCGUCAUCCUCUUUGCGCUGCUGGGCAUGCUCGUCUUCACCAGGGACUGGUGCCUCUCGCUGAUGGUCGUGGCGUCCACGUGCAUGGUCGUGAACGGCCUGGCCUUCUUCAUGGUGGUGGUGCUGGGCUGGGCCAUCGGCCCGAUCGAGGUCAUCUCGCUGAUCGUCUUCAUCGGCUACGGGGUCACAUACUCGCUCCACAUCGCCCACAGGUACGGCUUCCCCGAGGCCGAGCACAGCCGAGCCGCCGCGGACCUGCAGGGCGCGGUGGAGGCCCGUUUCAAGCGGACCAAGUACGCCUUGCAGUCCAUCGGACCCGCGGCUGCGGGGAGUGCCGCCACCACGGCGGGUGCCUCAGUGUUCCUCCUGUUCUGCACGCUGACCAUCUUCCAGAAGCUGGGAGGCGUCGUCCUCUGCGUCACCACCCUGAGCAUCCUCAUGGCCCUCGUGGCCCUUUGCGCCGCUCUCUUCUCCUUCGGGCCCGUGGACCCCGGGGGGCGACUCCUCCCGCCGGUCUGGCGCUACGUGGAGCCCGGGAGGCAGUACGUGUCGCAGAACUCCAGGAUGCUGGGAAG